AUUUAGUUUGUUUCCACCUACAAUUGAACCCCCUAAGACUUCACCCCGAAGCACAGAUACUGCUACCCAAACGACUACCCAAACUACUACCCAAACUACUACCCAAACUACUACCCAAGAUGCUGAAAUAGCCGCUGGCGCCCCUACCAUGCCGAAGGAUGCACUGAACCAAGUCACUCAAAAAGCCGGUAAUGAAAAGCAUCAAGAAGCUCACAAAGAAACAGAAAACGGUGGUAAGAAACGGAAGCGACCCCUUUCUCCCGAUGUGAUCCCAAAUCCUGUUGGUUCAAGCUAUGGCCUGGACUUGGAUUACUUCACAUAUUCAGACGAAGAGUGGGAAGAAAACGAAAGAUGGUGCGCUUCCCAAUCAGCAACAGCAGAGAAGCCACCGGAGAAAAAGGUCCGCAUUCAAUCCCCUCCGAAAUCACCGCCUACCUCCAAGGAACCCACCACUGUGGAAUCGAGCAGCAGGACUGAGCCCGCUGCGCCCUAUAUCCCGCCUGGAUGGGCACGUCCCACAACCACGGUUUACAAUGGGACUAUGUUCAAGGAAAGGACCAAACAACCCCAAUUUUCACGAACACCACGCUCGUUCAGUUCCACGCCGUUCACGUCCACUCCCAGUACCAUACCGGAGGAACCCACGGUUAACACCUCGACUGAUACCCCAUCGGCGACCUCGCAGUCAUCCAAUGCCGACUACGCCGCCCAGCUGUUUAGCAAUGGCUCACAGGCAGUUAGCAAUACCCCCCAACUAUCGAACAACGCCUCUCAGCCCCUCAGAAAUGGCGCUCAGUUAUUCAGCAACACCUCCCAGACGCUUAGCAGUGCCUCAGAGCAGCCCGCCGCUCCUGUUGUCAAAAAUAAUGUUGAAACCGUCAAACCCAUUGUUGAGACUAAUGGCAGAUCUCUUAGUGAGCCUGCCGAAACAGCACCUAAGCCACGUGAUGCUAGUGAGUUGCACAAGCCAAAGAAACCAAGUGCCUUGCGCAAUCCCACCCGAUUCUCUUCGAGCCCUAUCUCACAGAGGCAAACGAGCCCGACCCCAAUUUUGGAUAAAGCAAAUGAAAACGAUCUGCGGAGCAUCUUCGGAGAAGAUGAAUUCGGACAGCAGGCUCUUGAUAUCUACAAAAACUGCCCAUCUGGCGAUCUCAGCAAGUUAGAGUGGCCCAAAUUCGCUCUACUUCCUAAUGAUAGAAUUCAGCAGCUGGUCAAUUCCACUCGCUACAGUGGUACGGAUGAAGUCAUCCGCGAUACCUUCCAGCAGUCCUUUGCGGAUUUUCAGGACCAACUCAGCCGGGGAAUGAUUGAUACGGAAGAGAUUUUAGAAGAUCUUUAACUGUGUAAAGUGUUCUGCCGAACCAACUUUGUUGUAUGAAAAUGGUUGGUGAUGGAUUAUUCAUAUUCAAAUUGACGAAAUAUCGAUGAGCAGCAUGUGUGAUUAGAUUCACGAGGAGUUAGGGCUUUCUAUUUUUUGUGUAUUUUUGUCAGUGUACAGCGUUUGGCAUCGUUUUUGAAUAUCAGCCUCUCAUGUCGGAGUCGUAUUUUUUUCGGGUUUUUGGGGGGCUGGGUACCCACAGUCUAUCUGUGUUGAGUAUAAAUCGGGUGGUUUCUUUCACUAUGCUUAAACCAUUCAUCAAUUUCAACUUAGUCAUAACAACAAGCUGCGUCUUC